GUCAAGUGGACCAUUCAUGACAACAUCUGCUACAGCAAAGCACUCUUCUCCGUCGAGAAACAAGAAAAGGUCGAUCGGAAGUUUCGCUAAGGUGCUUUCGAUUUUCGUGCUUCAGUCAUCUUGUGAAAAAGAAGUAACGAUGGCAGCUGACUUGCUGGGGAUAGCAUUCAUACCCUAUUACAAUCAUCUGAUGAAUUUACUAAAGACAAACCCAGAGUUGAGGAAAACAGCAAAAGGUAUAUUCAAACAAGUAGCAUGGGCUGCUGGAUGUACAGCAGUUGGAGGCAUUGUAGGAGGACCCGUUGGUGCUAUGGCUGGUGGUUUAGUAGGGUCAUUUUUGGGUUACAGACUCAGCAGUGACUAUGACUCACUUAUAACAGUUUUACAAGAAUUAACAGAUGAUGAGAAAGCAGACCUUGUCAAGAAGGUUCAGGAACUGGUUGGCAGUACAACAAUUGAAGCAUUAACACGAUUUAUUGGUUGUCAGGUUCAAAGAGAGAAUCUUCUCAACCUACUUCGUUCAGCUGCACAAGACCUCAAGGGAGGAUAACAUAAUCCAAUGUUCUUACAUUUUAUAAACUAUAUUUUUGUUAAUGAUAUAAAAAAAGUGGUCCUAUUUAAAAGAAAAAGGCAAAUGUUUAGCAAGUUGGGUAUAAAUGAAUUCAGAGUGUGUAUGGAUCAGGAAAAACUUGAAAAGUCAGUGGAUUUCCCAUGCCUGGAAAAGUCAAUAUUUUAAAAAAAAUUAUUAAAUUUGAGGAAAAAGGAAACUGGCAAAAAUGAUGCCUAGCUAAUUUUUUUUUCAAAGUCUGAAUUAAAGGGGUUUAAGUGAAUAUGCAUGUUGUUCUUAAAGAACCAGAAAUUGAUACAUGGAUUUAGGAUGGUUUUUUAUGCUGAUUUAAAUGUCUCUUUUUUGCAUUAGUACAUUCUUUUUUGUUUGUACUUUGAUGAUGCAUACUUCAUUCAGCUGUGACUCAUUCUGGGAUCUGGCUGAAGAGUGCAAAGUUUACAAGAUUACGACAUUGUAAGGCUGGGGCUAUAAACAUAGUCAAGUUUGCUAAGCAGAAGUAGAGUGUCUCCUUAAAUACAGAACUGUAUUAUAACAUUGGACAGAGAAAUCAAUAGUGUGAGCAUUUAAUGCAGAAUUUAUAAAGUUAAUAUAGUUUGAUGUUUUUAAGAAACUAAUAACUAAUUCUUUAAUAGAGAACAGCAGAUAUUAUCUACAAUCCCACAUUGUAAAAAAAAAAUGAUAAACGCAAUAGAGUAAUGUAUCACCUGAAAGUAAAGCAUUUUGGAGGGUUCUGAUACUGGCUGUUAAAAGGAAGCAUGAAAUGAGAACGAAAAAUUAGCAACUUUGUGUUUGGCUACCCAGUUCAGAUGAUUAGUAAUGAGUAGUGUUGGAAACCUAAUGCACCACCUAUACUGAAAGCUACACAUGGUGUCGUCCCUAAUGUGUUCUUAUGGGGAUGCAGAAGAAACCAUAGAGUGUAUCCUACAGGAGUGUAGGUUUCACAACGAACUAAGGGCGGAGGUUUUGCUGUUGCCAGCGCCCCUGGACCCAAGUUGUAUGGGCCAAUGGAUACUCUGCAGAUGACUGCCAGCUUCAUCUUGAGAGCUGGUCUCAACUGUAACCUAGGGAAAUGAUGACAGCAACAACUAGUAAUGAAGAUGGUGGCAUAUCAGUAAAUAAGAAGAAAGAGAUAUAUGUGUUCAAUUUGAUUUACAUCUUUAGUUACUUGAGAUUAUUGUUUUCACUGUAGUCUGCUGUACAUCAAAUUUAUAAACAGUGAAAUUGACAAAAAAUGAAGUCAUACAAUAAUUGCAGAAUGAGCACCUAAGACUCGAUCUUUUGCUGCGAUCACGGAUGACUGUGCAGACAAAACGAAUAAAGUUCAUCCAG